AUGGAAAUGGGUCAGUUCCACAUCCGAGCCCAAAAGAUGGCGCGCCGUACAUGUACAAGAGAAGCCGAGGAGAAGGAGCGCGUUAAGAAGGGCCUCGCGUCUAUACUUAUAAAAUCCGGGCACGUGAAGCGCUUGGGAAAGGUGGUGUGUGUGCUGGUAAAGAAGAGCCCUGUGCCGGCGUUGUGUGACUCGCUCGCGGGCAUGCUGGAGAACUUGGAGCAAGUUGUGAAGGAGUUCGAGGAUAAUAUGGGUCGGGUUGGCCUGCAGGAUUUGACUGCACAUGUGGGAGAGGGAUCUCGUGAAUGCCCGCGUUUGGAGGAUCCUUACGAUGCUUGA